GUGAUUAUAUUUUAUUAAAUUUUAUUUCAUAUAAUUAUAAUAAUAAUUUAAAUUAAUAAAGUAAUAAGUAAUUAAGUAAUAAAAUUAAGCUUAAUUAUAUUUAAAAUAAUCAUGUAAUCUAUAUCAUUCUCUUUAUAUAUAUAUAUAUAUAUAUAUAAAAUAUUUCAAAAAUAUUUUAUAUAAUUUAUUAAAAUUUAAUAAUUAAAAUUGAAUAGAAAAAUUAUUACAUAUAUUAAAAGAAAAUAAAGUCAUAAUCAUCAGCAUAUUCAUCGUAUAUUAGUAGUUAUGAAUGAAAGAAACGAUUUAUAUCUCUAUGUUAUGUAACAAAUGCUGAAGGUCACGAUGUCAAUGCGUGAUUGUCAGUGAUAGACAUACUUUGUUUAAAAUUAUCUCUGUAGUUAUUAUAGCGGUUAAUUGAUAAAGGGUAUAUUUUGUGUGGAUACUAGAAGACAGUUUCAUUUCAGUUUGAAUACUUGUACCUGUAGGUUAUAAUAAAAUGAAAACAAAAAGUAUAUUAUCAUUAUCAAAUGAAGAAUUUAAAACUUUGAUGGAUUCUAUUGAUGUAGUUUUAUCAGACUGUGAUGGUGUGUUAUGGAGAGAAACAGAGGUAAUAAAGAAUUCACCUGAAACAGUAAAAAAGUUGAAAGAAUUAGGUAAAAAAUUUUUUUAUAUAACAAAUAACAAUACUAAAACUAGAGCUGAAUUUUUAAAAAAAUGUAAUGAUUUGAACUAUGAUGCAACAAUAGAUGAGAUAGUAUGCACUUCAUUUUUGGCUGCUGUAUAUCUUAAAGAAAAAAAAUUUGAUAAAAAGGUAUAUGUAGUUGGAAGUGUUGGCAUUGGUAAGGAACUUGAAGCUGUGGGUAUUCAACAUUAUGGUACUGGACCAGAUAUAAUAGAAGGUGAUGAAGUAGAAUUAGUAAAAAACUUUAAACCAGAUCCAGAAGUUGGAGCAGUUGUUAUAGGCUUUGAUAAAGAUUUCAGUUUUCCUAAGAUUGUAAAAGCUGUUACUUAUUUAAAUGAUCCCAAUGUUCAUUUUAUAGGAACAAACAAUGAUAUUGAAAGGCCUUCACCAAGUACUAAUAAAUUUCCAGGAACUGGUUGCUUCAUAAAAAAUAUAGAAUCAGCUUGCAAUAGAUCAGCAGUAAUACUUGGGAAACCAGAAUCUUUUGUCAGUGAAUACAUUACAAAAAAGUAUGGUUUAAAUCCUGAAAGAACACUUAUGAUUGGUGAUAAUUGUAAUACUGAUAUUCUUUUGGGAAAACGUUGUGGAUUUAAAACUUUAGUUGUAUUAACUGGUAUUACAACACAAAAUGAUAUAGAAAAUAUGAAUGCUUCUGAUACAGAUACUAAAAAUUUGAUAAUACCAGACUAUUAUGCAAAUGAAUUAGGUGAUAUAUUAGAAAUGACUAAAAUAUCUUGAUGAUUUUGUUAAAAAAUUUAAUUUUACAAAUAUUUAAUACUAUUUAAAAAUAUUUAAAAAUAUGACAUACAAUUGUUUUAUUUUCUAUUUUUGUUCUAUUUAUUUUCUGUUUUUGUUAUAUUUUUUGCCCUUAUAUUUAAUGUAAUAAUAUAUAAAAUAUCUAAAUAUUAAUAAUGAGUAUUAGAAAAAGGAUCUUUAUUUUUCGUUUAUUAAGUUUAUGUAUAUAUUUAUAUACAAGAAUAUGCAAUGUAUGUAACUACUUUUAAUAUAGUUAAAAUAAUAUUUACAUAUGUAAAAUAUUAAAAAUAAUUAAUAUUUGAAUUUUUUGUAUUAUUACUUUCUAUUAUUAUUAUAAAUUUAUUAUAAAUAGAAUUUAUUAUUUUUAUAAAUAAUAAUUAUUUGUCAAGCUUUAUAUUAAUAAUAAUAUAAACAUUAAAAAUAUGUUUAUAUGUAUUUUAUCAAAAACAAAAAUUUUUAUUACUUGAAAUAAAACGAAAAUUAAUUUAUCAUAAA